AUGCCACCACACCAGAUUGUGGUUUCUAUUCCUUUUCAACCAGAGGAUGAUCCGCCUCAAACCCAAGACACCAACUUAGUUCUACUACGACAGCACGCGUACACAGUUGCCUGGGCCCGCUGUCUGGAUAGGAUCAAAGUCCCUGCUGCAUUUAAAAUAAUCGCGGAAAUUUACGCUCCGGUCGUUUCAACAUUCAUCCAAAAGCUAGAGAGCGCUCACAUCGACCUUCUUCCUGGUUUACCUUCUCACGAACUACCUAUUAUUACAGUCACCAAGGAUCCCAUAGACGCCUCAGGAGGCUCCAUCUUUCUUAGCCUUGUCAAUGAGAGUGUCGAUGCCACCAACUUUGUGGACACCCACAUCCAUCCUAACGACAAUCUAAGCAUUGGAGCAGCGAUGAAAAGCCUGAUCACAGGUUUUGUGGAUAAAGAAGCCCUACAGCGCAAGAGCACUGCUUUGGCAUCAGUGGAUAUUCAACUACUUAGCGCAUGGUAUCAGGAAAUGGCUCAAGGCGAGAACCUACGUCUCGUAGUCUUUCUACACGAUUUCGAGAAAUUUGACCAACAGACGGUCCAAGACAUGUUCUAUAUCUGCAGUUCGACUACCCUUCCAUUCCUCUUUGUGUUGCUACUAUCAGGACCAUCGUCAUCAAACUAUCUUCAAAAGACUCUUCCACAUUCCACAUUGAAACUAUUGCGACCAUACCACCUGGAGGUCCCGGGCGGGCGAACGGUUCUCGAUUCUAUUCUCUUUGGAGUCUUCUUUAAUCCCGCGUUCGAUGCAACCCUCUUCCCCGGCCCACAGCUGCUCGAGAGGUACUUUGGAAAAAACGCCAUCGUCUCUCUCAACCUGCAGCAGAUCGCAUAUUUGCACCACUUCUCGACCAUUAAGUUCAGUCUGCUUGCGCAGACAACGCCACCCCUUCUGUUCGAAACAUCGACUGUUUUUGCCCGAGAUCUUCUCGACCGCUACAGCGCUGGGAAAUUUUCAACGAAACAAAAGGAGGAUUGGCGGAAUUGCUCUUCGUCUCUUGCCGCUCUGAUUGGAGCCAUCGACGACAUCAGGGACUCGGCUUCUCGCAAGGUCACGGAUAUCAAACUUGCAUUUUCGCUGCUUCAUCUUGUCAUUACUUUUCUCCGCUCUCGUCCAGACAAGUCCAUCGAAAGAUGGCGCGGAGCUGCACGGAUGUCUCGCGCAUUGACUGAGGGUCAUGCUGUCGCGGGUCUUCUACAGUAA